AUGGCUGGAGGAAGGAAUGACAUAAUUGUGACAAAAUUCAUCCUCCUGGGAUUUUCAGAUCAUCCACAAAUGAAGGUUUUCCUUUUUGUGUUAUUUCUGGGGAUUUACAUCCUGACCCUAGCCUGGAACCUGAGCCUCAUUGCCCUCAUCAGGAUGGACUUCCACCUACACAUGCCCAUGUACUUCUUUCUCAGUAACGUGUCCUUCUUAGACAUUGGUUAUGUGUCCUCCACAGCCCCCAAAAUGCUCUCUUACAUCAUCACAGAGCAGAAAACCAUUUCCUUUGUUGGCUGUGCCAUGCAGUACUUUUUUUUCCAUGGAACUGGGCUGACUGAGUACUUUCUUUUGGCAGCCAUGGCAUAUGACUGGCAUGCUGCAGUUUGCAACACUUUGCUCUACACAGCCCUCGUAUCCAUUAUGCUUUGUUUAAAGAUGGUGGCUGGGGCCUAUUCAGGUGGAUUACAAUUCUUGGAAACAUACUUAAUCUAUCGGCAUGAUUUCUGUGGACAUAUGAUCAACCACUUCUUCUGUGACCUUUGUUCCAUUCUAUUUCUGUCCUGCUCAGAUACCUUCAUCACUCAGUUGGUGAUCUUCCUUGUAGCUGUUCUUGUUGGAGUGGUAUCUGCCCUUGUGAUCCUCCUCUCUUAUGGCUACAUUGUUGCUACUGUCCUGAAUAUCAGCUCAGCCAAAUGUAGGAGCAAGUCCUUCAGUACCUGUGCCUGCCAUCUGACAGCUGUAACCCUCUUCUAUGUUUCUGGUCUCUUCAGGUACAUGCAAUCUAGUUCCAGCUACUCCCUGGACCAAGACAAGGUGGUGUCUGUAUUCUAUGCUCUGGUGAUCCCUAUGUUAAAUCCCAUCAUCUACAGUCUUAGAAAUAAGGAGAUACAAAAUGCCAUGAGGAUAGUCAUGGAAAGGGAUUAUGUACUUUCUCUUGGGCAUUGA